GAAGAAUGUGGAACAAAGUAAAUCGUAAAUUGUAUUAAAUAUUCGCAAUUUUUUUUUCAUUGAUAUAUGUUUAGAAUUCAAAUAUAGAAUGCCAACGGUUUUCGUGGCCGUGUUGUUUUUCGGAUGUUGUACAUUAAUAUCCACAGCCCCCUCGCUUCCGGUGGGGGCGCUGUGCAAGGCAGAAGGUGGGACGUGCGUGAAGCCGGGAACCUGUCUAGGGUGGGUGGAGAACCUGGACACGAGCUGCAAAACUGACGUCUGCUGCAAGUCGGCGCCGUCUACAGUCAACCCGGAACCUGCUCGUCCCAACAACGGAACGUGCGGUUUAAUAACGCGAGUUGAGCGUCCAACGUCGGCGCAUGUGCAGAGAAUAGUAGGCGGCCUCGACGCCGUUGAGGGGGAGUGGCCGUGGCAGGUGGCCUUCCUGGACAUGCGCGGCGACCUCUUCUGUGGCGGCGUCCUAAUCUCGGAUCAGUUCGUCGUCACCGCGGCCCACUGCUUCUUCGACCAGUCUGAGGCGGACACUCAAAUAGUUCUCGGUGAACAUCAUCUCGCACAUCACACCGGCAACGAGGUUCGAAGAACCGCCAAAACUAUAGUGAAGCAUGGUGACUACAAUCCUGUCACGUACGAGAACGACAUCGCAUUUGUACAGCUGAACUCUCCCGUUGACAUCACCGGACAUUACGUCAGAACCGCGUGCCUCGGGACCCGUGACAUCACAUGGACCUCCGCAGACGCCUGUUUUGCGUCCGGAUGGGGAUACACACAAGAUUAUAUCACGGAUAGUCGACACUUACAGCACGUGCCGAUGCAGCUGGUAAAUACGUCAACUUGUUCCGCUGCCUGGAGGUCAUACGCCACCGUCAGUGACGUCCAAAACGUGUGCGCCGGAAACGGUACGCAUGGAACGUGCCAGGGCGACUCCGGCGGACCGCUGGUGUGCUACCGUGAUGGCCAAUACCACGUGGUCGGUGUCACGAGUUUCGGCUACUACACGUGCACCACGGCAGGGUACCCGGAUGUGUACAUGCGGAUCUCCGCCUAUCUCGACUGGAUGAUUUCCUACAUGUUUUUACUGACUUCCACUGCAUAAGUUACAAACUGAAUACCGCGGUCUUAGUGCCACUUUCGGAACAAGUUUUUCAUAAACUAUAGUUACUCAUAAAUACUGGUAUCUUAUAAAUGUUUCUCAUUUGCCAUAUAUUAAGCGUGCAGAGUACAGUUUGCGCGCACACAAAGCAGAAAAUAAGCGUAACAAAUACACUAAAAUGUGUCAUAGACAACGAUGCCCCACCAUAAUGCAUGUUUGGACAUACAAAUGUCCGCUAUAUACUCUGCAAUGGAUAAAAAUAAUACAAAGGGCGAAAACUGAUAAUGAUUGUCAAAAUUCCUUCGAAAAUGAUCAUAAACACAUUCAGCUGUGUAAGUUUGGGAAAAACCAACCAAGUAAUUAGAGGAUUUAAGGACACAUUUGGAAAUUUGUGGAAAAACAGACACAUUGGCAAAUAAUUCUGCAGAAAAAAUCGUCGUAGCCAAAUUGCUCUAUGCACGAUCAUUUACAAAAAAAAGAUUCCAACGUGGAAAUUUGAGUAAGACCCAUUCAGUAAAGAGGAUUUUUAAAUAAAAGCUUAUGGCGAC